AUGUUCAACUACACGGAUUCGCCGACGCAUCCUCGCACGCCUACGGUGCGCACGAGCUGCUGGACAGAUUCAGAAAUUGUGCUACACUGGCUUUCAGCUCCCCCUCGACGGUGGAACACCUACGUCUGCAACCGAACUUCUGAGAUAUUGAGCGACUUUCCCCGUAGCUGCUGGAACCAUGUUCGCACGGAAGACAAUACUGCUGAUUGUGCUUCCCGAGGACUUCAUCCGUCAAAGCUUCUGGAGCAUCGACUGUGGUGGAAAGGUCCGUCCUGGCUGGCCACACCCACCUCUGAGUGGCCACCUUCUACAAGCAAGUUCAGCGUAUCUUCAAGUUUCGAUGUCAACACCGAAGAACGAGCCGUAAAGCCCACGACUCUACAUAACUUUCCUGAUGAAAGUAUACACGAGUUACUCAUCCACAAAUUCUCAACCUGGACGCGUCUUAUAAGGGUAUCUAGCUACUGUCAUCGCUUUAUUCACACUCUUCGAUCUCAUCAUAGGAAUUCGGCAACAUUCCUUACGUCUGAAGAGUUGCUGGACGCACAGCGCCGACUUAUUCGACAUGUGCAACAAAAAUCCUUUGCCAGAGAAUAUGCGCAGCUAGAGAAUCGACACCAGCUUAACGCUAAAUCGCAUCUUAUCCGGUUUUCUCCGUUUCUGGAUGAUUAUGGAGUAAUGCGAGUCGGUGGGAGAAUCGAGCAAUCUACACUCAACUACAACGCCAAGCACCCGAUUCUGAUACCUAAAGAUACACCACUAGCUGGACUGCUGGUUCGACAUUUUCAUGUCUCCUAUCUGCACACUGGAGUUGAUGCAACGUUCACCAAUCUUCGUCAGCAGUACUGGAUUCUGGGAGCCCGCAAUCUUGCACUUCACAUCGAGGUUGUUAGUGAGCUAACUACACAGGCUUUCAUCGCAGCCUUUCAACGAUUCAUUGCCCGCCGAGCGAAGCCUACUGACCUGUAUUCGGACAACGGAACUACAUUUCAUGGAGGCAAGCGAACUUUGGAUGACAUGAGACGUCUGGCCAUUCAACAAGCCAAAGAUGAGGAACUAGCAGGAUUCUUUGCCAAUGAAGGGAUUUCUUGGCACUUUAUACCCCCGUCUGCUCCCCAUUUUGGAGGGAUGUGGGAAGCUGGAGUUCGCUCAAUUAAACUCCAUAUGAAACGGAUACUUGGAUCAAAGGCUUUAACGUUUGAGGAGCUCUCUACUGUCCUGACCCAGAUUGAAGCUAUCCUGAAUUCACGCCCGCUGUGCCCAAAUGGGGAUAAUUCUUUGGAUCCACUGACGCCUGCUCAUUAUACCCGUUACUCGUAG